UGUUAAUAGUAUUUUUGUUGUUAAAAUUUUUAUAAAUAAUUGUAUAUCGUAAUUUUGUAUAUAAAUAAUCGCUAUGGCGGUAAAUAAAUAUUUCGUAUAAAUAAUAAUAGAAUUUAGUGUAAAUAAUAGUAUUUUUCAUUAUAUUUUAAACCAAUUGUUAUCAAUUUACAAAAAAAAUUUAUUUAAACACUACGUGGAUAUUAAAAACAAAAAAAAAAAAUUAUAUAAUUUAUUAGAAAAAAGUGAGGUUAGAAUUUUAGUUUCACGAUGACAUGGCGUCAAAAGAGAAAUUAUCUUUUAUCCACUCAAAGACCGAGCAGUGCUUCUCCUCUUAUUUCUGCGACAGAUGACGCAGAUUUGGAUUUUUCAGUUCAAAAAUUAAUCUACAUUGAAGAUAUUGUGAGAAAAAUGAUUAAAGAGAUGAAAAAUUAUUUAUCAGCAAUUGAAAAUCUCGACAAUGCCGAUCGUCAUUUAACAACAAAUUUAAGUAGUUACGAUCUUGUUCACGUAAGCGACGAUUUUCGAAAAAUAGUCCAAGAUUAUCAUUCCGUCACUACUGAUAUUGGCAAAAGUGUACAAAAAAUGAUACCACUCUGCAAGGAAACAUUUAUUGAACCUUUGAAAAAAUUACGCGAAGAAUUUUCAAUAAUUGCCGGUGAAUUAGCAAAACGUGAGGAAUUAGUGACAAAUUGGAAGGCAUGUUAUUUACGUUUAAAAAAAACCCAAGAGAAAAAAGAUAAAACAGCAAGUUAUAUUGCCCGUUUAGAGAAGGAUAAAGAUUUAGUUGAAUUUGCAGGAAAAAAAUUAAAAUCAUUUCACAAUGAAUUACAAAUGGAAUUGAAAUCAUUUUUAAAUAAACGUCUCAAUUAUAUUCGUCCAUCAAUUCAUGCAUUAAUAAUGAUACAACUUGAUCAUUAUGGUAGUAUGACAAAUGCAUUUAAACAACCAAAUUCUAUUUUAACAAUGACAGAGACAAAAAUUUCCAAUGAUGAUGAAUUUCAACAAUUAAUAACAAUGCAAGUUAAUCGAAUAAAAGCAUUGACUAUCGUUAAAGAUCAUUAAUUCUAAGAAAAAUUUUUUUAAAUGAAAUUUAAAUUUAAAAUUUAUAUUUUAAAUUGAAUUUUUAAUUUAUUUAUUGAAAUAAAUAAAUUAGUUUAAAAAAUUUUUUUUUUUUUUUUUAUUACAUUAGAAAAAAAAAUUCUCUAUUUGUACAAAAAAAAAAUUAAUUUUUAUAUUUGGAUUUUCAACUGAAAUUACUAGAUUUCUAGAAAAAAAAAUUUUUGUGCUAAUUGUAUACUGUUCGUGUUUGUUUGUUUGUUUGUUUUUUUUUUUUUUCUUUUUUUUUUCUUACGAGGGAAUCAUUCCCUGUCUUCGUUUCCAUUGUGAACCAACUCGACGAUUAUGAUUUGCUCGU